AUGUGGUGGCAAGCAAGAAAAGCCUCAGAUCUCAGUCGGUGUGCAGGUCUCAUCCCAUCUAACCACCUUCUCAAAAGGAAACAACGAGAAUUUUGGUGGUCUCAACCCUUCAUGUCUCACACUUGUCUUAAAGCAUCACAAUUGAGCACUAUAGGGGAAGAAGAAGAUAUGAAGAUAGAUGAGAAGUUUGUUGAAGCUGAUGAGGAAACAUUUGAGUCAGAGGAACUAAAAGGAGAAGAGGAAGAAUAUGGUGAUGGAUCAGGAUAUGUUAUUGCUGGAUUUCGGAGAAGUAUGCGGCUUUGCCGCAGAAAGUCCCACAACACUCAUAUCUCCUGUUACUCCCGCUGCCCCAAUAACUGUUACCACACUGUGGCUGCACCUUAUGAGGAAGUUGUGAGAUAUCAGAGAAGGCCUUGUGAUCGCCACAGGCUCAUCGUACUUCUAGGGCCUUCAGGAGUUGGAGUUAAUGAACUAAGAAAACAGCUUAUUCGUUCAAAUCCCAGUUUAUUUCAAAGUCCAGUGCCA